AUGACAAUUACAGCCGAAAAGUAUUGUCAGUACAUUGAAGAAAUGCAUGAAAAAUUGAAAAUUAAACGCCCAUCACUUGUUAAUCGGCAUGGCCCAAUACUUCUCCACGACAACGCUCGGCCGCAAACAUCGUACAAAAUAAUUGCAAAAUUAAAUGAAUUAAAAUAUGAAAUUUUGCAGCACCCAUCUUAUUCACCAGAUCUUUCGCCAAUCGACUUUCAUUUAUUUAAACAUUUAGAACUGUUUUUACGUGCUAAACAGUACGAAAAUGAAGACAGUGUGAAAAAUGCCAUAUCAGAGUUCAUUGAUUCUAAAGAUCAGAAUUUCUUCAAGACAGGCAUCUAUGCAUUAAAAUCUCAAAAAAUCUGGAAUCCUCAUCGGAAAAUAUUAAAUGAAGUCUUUCUUAAAAAAUAUCUAAACUCUCAAAUGGAUGUAAUCGUUAAUCAUUCUGUCGUUUUAAUGGAAAAAUUGGAAACUUUAGUUGGAGAAGAAAUAGACGUUUGCCAUUACGUCUUUCGCUGUACAUUAGACAUAAUAUAUGAUAGUCUACUUGAUACUCAAGUAAAUUCACUGACCGAUGAGAAUUGCAAACUAGAUGAAUCAAUUCAUUGUUUGAUGAAUAUAACUGUGCAAAGGAUAUUUAAAAUAUGGUUACAACCGAAUAUAAUUUUUCGUAAUACUGCUAUGGGGAAGAAAUUUCACACAUGUGCAUCCUACCUGAAUAACUAUGCAAGCAAUAUAAUCAAAGAAAAAAAGGAAUCCAUGUUAAGAAGCAUCAUUAACCAGGAACUGAAAGAGGAAAAUUCAGAACAAAGACCCAGGAGACUUUUAGACUAUUUAUUCGAGUCAUCGCAUGAAGGAAGAAAAUAUUCAGAGCAAGAUAUUAGAGACGAAAUCAAUACUAUGGUUAUUGCGGGAAGUGAUACUUCAGCUGUCACUAUUAGCUUUGUCCUUCUAAUGCUUGCUACAUUUCCGCAUAUUCAAAAUGAAGUAUACGACGAACUAUACCAAAUUUAUGGCUCGAGCGAUCCGAGAUAUGUUCCAAUAACGCACGACGAUAUUGCAAGAAUGAAACUUUUGGAACGAGUGAUCAAAGAAACAUUACGUCUUUAUCCGCCAGGGCCAAUCGUUGCUCGGAAUGUUACGCAAGAUAUAGAAGUGGAAAAAAAUUUGACUAUACCGAAAGGAAGUACCGCGGUGUUCUUCAUCUAUAAAACACAUCGUAAUGAAAAAUAUUGGCCACAGCCAUUAUUAUUCGAUCCGGAUAGGUUUCUACCGGGUAGGAAUAGUUCGGCAUGUUUUUUUCCAUUUAGCUACGGAAAAAGAAAUUGCAUAGGUCAAAUAUUCGCUAUGCUAGAAAUGAAGAUAAUAAUUACGACCUUGAUAAGAAGAUUUAUUAUUAAAAUAGAUCAGCCAAAAGCAAUUGAAGAAAUUUCGAUAAAAAUGGAUGUUACGUUAAAGCCAGCGAAACCUAUAAGAUUAAAAUUUGAA